AUCCGCUCCGCUCCCCUCCACGAGAUAUCGUGACGAUAUGUACUAGUUCAGUAUUCGGUCGCAAGAGAGCAGCAGUAACAGCAGCAGCGUACUGCCACUCCGCUACUGUCCACGAAGCGUAGGGCGUGAACACAUUGUUGUCAAGAGUUUACUCUGUUCUGCUUUUGCAAUCAGACCGUGAUAAGAAUAUGGAACUGUUCCUGCUGUUACUAGUGCUGUGGUCUGCUGUUGUGGCGGCUGUGGAGUACCGCGCCACGGUGAACCUGAGCGACCCGCAGGGGGUGUCCAGGGUGCAGGGGAACCUCACCCUCGUGCAGGUGGACGACGGCCCGGUGACGGUGACGGGCCUCGUGACGGGGCUGCUCCCGGGCAAGCACGGCUUCCACGUGCACGAGAAGGGAGACUUCGCCGGCAACUGCACCGCCGCCGGCGGCCACUACAACCCCUUCUACAAGAAGCACGGCGCCCCGACGGACUCGGAGCGACACGUCGGCGACCUGGGCAACGUGGAGGCGGGCCCCGACGGCGUGGCUCACGUCCACAUCACCGACAGCGUGAUCCGGCUGGCGGGCGCCAACACCGUCGUGGGGCGGUCCGUCGUCGUGCACGCGGACGCCGACGACCUGGGCAAGGGCGGCUUCGCGGACAGCGAGACGACGGGCCACGCCGGCAGCCGGGUGGCCUGCGGCAAGAUCACCAAUGAUGGAACACCGCAAAUAACAUUGAAUCAUGGCGCAAGUGAAAUUACAACCAAGACGCUGCAAGGAAGAGCAAAUAACAGUGCAGGCGAAAGUAAAACAGUUUCAGAGCCUGAUGGAACACCGCAAAUAACAACAAAUCAUGGCGCAAGUGAAAUUACAACCGAGACGCUGCAAGGAAGAGCAAAUAACAAUGCACGCGAAAGUAAAACAGUUUCAGAGCCUGAUGGAACAACGCAAAUAACAACGAAUCAUGGCGCAAGUGAAAUUACAACCGAGACGCUGCAAGGAAGAGCAAAUAACAGUGCAGGCGAAAGUAAAACAGUUUCAGAGCCAUCUGGUGCAGCCUCACAGGUCAUCAGCUGGACCUUGGUCGUACUCGUGUCUGCCGUAUUGAAUCUCUACUAGCGGCCACGCUGGCAGAUUGUUGUGUGUUAAUGUAAACUGUGUGUGUGUGUGUGUGUGUGUGAGUAAGCUAGUGCGUUGUUGCCGAUAAGGGCAGCAUCAUCACCAAUACCUGAGUAUCGUGUUGGGACUUUGCUAGUGGAGUGCCGUCCAUGUGUAGGCUCUAUCAUGCUUGCAGAAAUAUUGUGUGAUAAAAGUCAGGUGUCUGUGCAGAAAUUGUUCUCAGUGUAACUCUUCCGACAAAAAUUUGUGUUGAGUGUAACUCUUCCAAAUUUAUUGAAUACAUAAAUAAACAGGUUAAGUGAAAGAAAUAA